AUGCACAUGUUACAGCGUAGCAUGAAAGUUAUAUCUUCAACUGGUAGCCCAAUUGUCACGGGUGAGCUUUCCGGAGCACCUUCAGUUCCACGAUUACUGACAAUCAGGACACCAGCGCAACUUGCCUCUAGUGGUACAAUUCUUGGCGGGAUUCCCAGUGCUUCUACAGUGCGUCCGGGCACGCUUAUUCUCUCCAGUGCGGCCGGCGCAACUCCCAUCACUCAUGGAGUGGUUAGCAGUGGGGCGCAUCAACCCUCUGAAGACAUCGAGAACACCAUGGUGACUUCCGGAGACGGAAUACAUGCACCACAAAGUGGCAUAGUUGCAACACAAGGUGGAUACUACGACCUUUCCACAGGCCUGCCCGCGUCAGGACCGCUUUCAACCUACUUUCAGCCUCCUAGUCCUCCCGGUCAUGACUCUGGAAAUGAACAAGAGCAAAUGUCAACUGGUUUCAAGACGAAUGGCCUACGACGGUACGCACGUUGUGUGUGUAACAAAGUCAAGGAAAAGGGUGUCACUUCCUACAUCGAGGUGGCUGACGAACUAGUCCAUGAGUAUGCAGCGGAGCAUCCAAUGAUUCCCUCUGAGCAGUUGCAUUAUAUUCAGAAAAAUAUUCGGCGUCAAUCUGGUCCUCGCACUGAAAAGAUUCCUCUACAGUUCUUAGUCAUAUCUACACAGAGAAAGACAGUGAUUGAUUGCAACAUUCCUACUGACAAGCUGAAAUACCUGUUCAACUUUGAUCAGGCUUUUGAAAUCCGUGAUGAAGUCGACACACUGAAGCGAACGGGUCUGAUGCUACGUUUGGGAAGUAUUCAUUGCACACAAGAAGAGUAUAACCAAUGCUUGGAGCUUGUUCCACCAUCUCUGUGGUUCUACGUUGAAGCAAUUUAUGAGCGUCGACAAGCUAUUGCGCCAGACUUUGAGGCCUUGCAUCAACAACGUCGACUAUUUGUCGAGGUGCGUCUAGCUGCCGCUGAGGCGAAUUCAUCCUCUGGACAACAUGCCGAACAUGACGACGAAAUGGUCGAAUUCCUGGCGCUUAGAAUUUUGUACUCAGUUUGCACCGAGCGUUUUUAG